CGAGCAUGGAGGCGGCAGUGGGGGUGGCAGAAAGCGCCUCCAGAAGACGGUCUUCCAGUGCGAGCGCGACCGCCGUGAUGAGCGAUGCAGCGGCCAAGUGCAGUCCGAGUGCAUCUUCGCAGGAUGCGGCUGCAGUGUUGGAUGCAGCUGCGGUGCCCGAUGCAGUUCGCAGCUCUAGUCCGACCGCCGAUUGGCUGCGUGUGUCGAUGCGACGCGUCCGUCAUUUUCGGCUGCUGGAUCCUCACCAGCCGUCUGCGCCGCCGAUGGACUGUGAGCCUGUGGAAGACGUGCGCCCCUCGUCGGCGCCUAUGCACCGGCCACGCCAGGUGGGACGCGCAGCGCUGCGCCGUCCCCAUAACAGCGCCAACUCGACGCCCCAGCAUCGGCCGUCCCACCCAGGCGCCCGCCAUCCACAUCACUCCUUCGUCGCCCGAGGUGAACCAUCAGCACAACUGGCAACAGCACCACCUCAGCUCGGACACCAGUGACACUGAGAGUCUGCCGCCUCCCGCCGCUACCCCGCCACUCUCUGCACACCACAGCACUG